ACUUGUAAAUCCCCCGCGGAUCGAUUUAGUGUAUGAAUAAAAAAAAUGGCUGAAAGUAUUUGAUUUAUAUGAUGAAAGGAAAUGGAUAUAAUUUAUUUCGUUGUGUCGACCAUUUGCCUGAGUUCUGCCCUGAGUGAACAUCAAACGUCUAAAUGCCAUGGCAACAAUUACAUGAAUUCGAUGUGCAGCGAUUCCGGAGUGAUCGCCAUCAGACAUCUACAGUACGGUGCAAAAUCAUACAUCAAUCAAGCUUGUCCAUCCGAGAUCGAGAAGCAAAAUAAUGAUACCUGCUGUUCUUUUGAGAAUGGUGACUGUCUUAAAAACAUAACAGAUUACAUUCAUAAAUAUCUGUAUUUCUCCCGUCUGUCUAGACUUACAAGCAUAUCACAAAACACGGCGACUCCAUGGACCCGGAUGGAAUGUGGCAACAGGACCUUUUCAAACUACGUUCUGGUGUCGUUUGACUGCAUCAAAGAAUCAGAAAUCAAGAACUUCUGCAGCUACCAGAAACUGAACUCCAUGAACGGAUCCGUGUAUCUAUCUAGAAAGCAAUACGAUGAAAUUUCAGACACAUGCGAGUGUUCGAUUAAAUCUUCUGAAAACUCGAUUAUUAAUGUAAAUGCUGUUGAUGUUCGAUUGCAACCAAAACACCCCAUUGAUCAAAACCACACAGGCGAAUGCUCAAACUCUACAUAUAAACUAACAUUUAGCAACGGAAGUGACACAGUCUCACAUGAAUGUGAAAAUAGUACCAUCUUUGGUGAAUUUACACCACUUUAUUCAUCAUCAGGAAACUGGGUCAACAUUUCCUACUCUGAGGGGCUAUCGGACGAACCACAAAGUGUCUGGUUACAAGUAACAGUCAGCAAAGGAGAGUUUGAAAUUGAAUGCAACCCACGUCUCUCAACAACAUCAUCAACACCAACAACGACAGUACACUCAACAAUAUCUGGGGGUCAGGGAAAUAGAGUGACCAAUAAAAGGAGAACAACGCUAUCCCCAGGAGUAAAAACGAAACCCCCGGGUACAAAGAAACCCGGCCCGGACAUCCAUAACAGCGGUCCGUCUGCACGAGUUCGGGAGAGAGCCGUACAAAAUACCGUACUUUACGCCGUGUUUGCGGUUUCCAUCAUAGCAGCCAUAUUGAUCAUCGUGGCCGGAGUAUUCAUCCGCAGAGUCAGAAGGUCAGGUAAAAGACAAAGAUUAUACAAGAGAGUUCAAGAAAAACUUCGCUCAUCAGACUCCACCACUUUCAGUCUGCAAACAUUACCGAGGGAGAACUCUACUAAUAUCUACCCAAGUUCAACUGACCAGUUAUAUUAACAGAUCACAUGACUUUUUUUUGUACCCCUGAUCAGCUGACCAUCUGUAAAUUAACUCAUUUAAUGCUAGAAAUUCUUCCUAUUUAUCAUCCUUCAAAAUCGUAUCUACUGAAUUCGUAAGUUAUAUCAGAAACACAGAAUGACAGAGAAUUGACCAAUGUCCACUCAGAAGCACAGGACAACAGAGAAUUGACCAAUGUACAUUCAGAAGCACAGGACAACAGAGAAUUGACCAUUAACUUAUUGGCAGCCAAUUUCCCAUGACAGCCGUAUAUUUGAUGAAAUCAUAUAUAGCUUUCUUUCAUACUUUGUUUCCUCCCUUAGGAGAUUAUGAAGAAAAUAUAUUUACAUCAAUAUAAUUACAAAUACAUGUACAUACAAAGAAAGAAAGAAAGGGUAAAACACACUAUGUACACAAUAUAACCAAAAAUAAAAAAGAAUAGGAUAUUCUUAGUUGUACACCUCAAUAGAAAAGUACAUAUGGUAGCAGGUGUCCCUUUUAAAGCCAAAGCAUAUUUAAUAUAGAUAUAAUUACUGCAGUGAGCAUCUGUAGUAUAGGGCUGAAGUGCUGCGCACCAAUUUAUAGUUCAACAGACGGAAUGAUGUGGCGUCCAUCUUAUUUAAAGGUGUAGAUAUUUGGCCACCAAGAAGAACAAGGUACCAUUCAAAUUCCGAGAGCCCACAGAGUUCUUCACACAGUUCGACACUGAAGUUAUUAGCGAUGGCGUUCCACCACUGUUCUCGUAUAAUGACGGUACUUGGACACAAAGAAGACGAGUGACAGAAAACAUCUGUGAACGAAUUACCACAUAGAUGACAGAAAUGAACAAAGCCAUUUACAUGCAUACCUGUAUAUAUUUUGCAUAUGAAUCUGCAAAGUUCAAUGUUACCUAAUUUCCAAAAUUGUGGCAGGUUUUAUAUCUGAAAAUAUUUGUCUGAAUAAAUGGAAAUUCGGACUGUUCAUUCUCAA